AUGCAGCAAAGUCAAAAUUAUAAAAAAAAGAAUAUAUAAGAAGGCAAUUUUAAUACCAGCUUAUAUGACAAAAAAUAAUAUUAUCAAAGAGCUUUGCUUUAGCUUAAAAAAUUUAGAUGGUUAACGUAAAUCAUCGAUAUCCAUAAAAUGAAUGAAUACAACAAUGAUGAAAGCAUGAAUAAUCAUUGCAAAUGUAAGAUAAAAUUUAAAUUAUUUCUAAUAACAACUGUUCGAAUUAUUAAAAGACAAGAAAGGAAGCUAAUCAUGAAAAGUUGA